AUGGCCGACUUCGCCUUUGCUUCUGGCCCUAGUGGACAUCAUGGGCUAUUGCCGCCGCACCUAUUACUUCUUGUUCUUGAAUCUGGCACCUUUGUGUUUCUUUUCAUCAGGAAAGACCUUCAUGGCAAGCUGGAGUUUGUUGCUUCACCCUUUCACAACCCUGCGAGGAGGCUGGGUCAUCAUCUGGGCUUUCAUGUGGCUGUGGAUCCUAGGUCUCGCUACAUUGCCGUCGCGGACGCCCAGAACAAAUUUGUUGUUUAUGAACUCGAAUCGAUGGAAUCUUUGAGUGACCAGUACAUGCGCCAAAAGUCUAUUACUCCGAUCAAGGCACACCACCCUCGCGCAGUCCAAGGAACGAUCCUCAAAAUGGAGUUUCUCUACCCUCGGCCGGAAGAUCAAUACCAUGUCAUUCUUCUUAUUAUCCUUGUCAAAGGUGACAAGUCAAAGAUGGUCAUUUACGAAUGGGAGCGUGGAGAUGAUCUGGGGCAAGUGUUUGCCGAAGAGAAACGUGGUCAUCGUAUACGACCGGAGCAUCGCAUGCCGCUGCUGGUUAUUCCCCUGACAGUUAGAAGUUCAUUUCUCGUGGUAUCUGAGAACGCCUUCGGCAUCUGCAAGGAUCCUUUGCAGGGACCACCUGAUAUUGAGAACCAUUACCCUUUCGACCCGAAAGACCAUCCUACAACACGCUUUCACCAUGGGACUGGUGUACCGCUCUGGACAGCCUGGGAUAGACCUGUACGAAGGCGAGGCUACUACGAUACGAAUGACCAUAUCUACCUGGCUCGAGAGGACGGGGUGAUUGUUUACUUCGAAUUCAACUCUUCAGAUGUCCUUGGCGUUUCCAUGAAUGUGGGCGAAUGCGAUUGCAACAUUUCCAGCGCCUUCACCACAAUGUACGAUGCGUACUCCGACUUUGCCAUAGUUGCAGGAGACUCCGGCCCUGGCAUGGUUUUCCAGCUCAAACCUAGACAAAGUAUCGUCCAACUUGGGCCCAUUCCGAACUGGGCCUGUUCUGUCGACUUUACAACCACAGAUGACCUUUCAUCUUGGAAAUCUGAUGCUGGACGCCGAGGCAAGUCGAACGUACAGUGGUCAGAACGCACGAUGGAUUAUGCAACAGCCCCGGACAAAAUUCUAUGUGCAUCCGGAAAUCAUCCGCAAGGCAGUAUAACUGAAUUACGCUACGGACUUCCAGCCAAUAUUAUCACGUACUUUGAAACACUUCCUACGAAGAAGGUCUGGAUUUUCCAAACCUCUAAUCCUAGUUGGCCGUUCCAGAUGCUUAUGACCAGCCCUGGAACGUCUGAUGUCUUGCUCGUAUCAUCAGAUCUCUCACAGGCAGAGAUGGCGGAGCCUGCCGCGACGCAACUCGACACGAUGUCCCGGACGUUAGCAGCAGCCCAAGGACCUGACGGCACUGUUGCCCAAGUUUCUGAAAAUUUCAUCACCAUCACAAGCUCAAGUCAAAGUGCAAAGCAUGCAUACAGUGACUUUCCGGACCUUGAUGGCGUGGUUGAGCACGCGGCUGUGAGAGGUAAUUGUGUGUGCGUAUCAAUCUUCGCAGAUUCUCGCUUCAAGAUCCAUGUUUUCCGCACCGACAACACUGCGGUUUCUCUCACGCAGACCUACUCUGUUGAUGGUGAAGUCACAUGCCUUACACUUUGCUGCAUAGGCGGGCAAGAAUGCAUCAUUGCAGGCUUGUGGCGGUACAACAGUCCCUGGCUAGCUAUAUAUGCGGCAAAAGGACAAGAAGAGAUGCCUGUGUUAAUACGGCUGGACAUCGACGAAGAAGUUGCUGCUGCGGACCAAGCAGAUGCGAUGGAUAUUUCACCAACCAUCGAACUUGUCAACACUAUUGUGGUAGUGAUUGAAUCUACAUCAAAGACAAGCUUGGCUCUAGGAUCUCGAAGUGGUCAUCUAAUAACGGUACAAUUAGACGGCGCCCCACCCUUUAAUCGGGUUAUUUGCAGGGAGAGGCUGGGCACCGUUGCCGCAGAAGUGUUCCCCGUUGAUUCGCCUGGUCUCCUUGGAUCUAUCUUGGUCUGUUGCAAUGAUGCCUUGCUACUUUUGCGAGAUUUUGAGGACAAGAGACCUGGGCGUUUUGCUACUAGACAUCGCGUCUGGGUGACCGAUCUGAAAGAUCCAGCCACAGCAUCAGUUCCCGUCAUCUCGGCCUCCAGCAUACCAAGCGACCAAAGUAACGCUAACCGUAUACCAUUGGUGCUUCUUUCUGGUGCGCGCAUUUCAUUCACAGAGCUGUAUCUUCAAAGCGGUCCAGUUCCCAGACGGCUGCCGCUGCAGGGAACGCCGGGAAAAGUUCUCUAUUCUAAGACAUUGCAAUGUCUAGUUGUUGCGCUACAGAUUGGAGAUCAGCCAAACAUCAUGUUCAUGGAUUCUGACACGGGCGAGGAUAUCUCAUUUCCUCUUGACAGAAGCGGGAACCCCACAACGUUUAUUAACGGCCUGGGAGGUCACGGUGAUAGGAUUCUCGGGAUAUACGAAUGGUUGUUUACUCAAGCCGGCAUGACUUUCCACUAUCUGAUUGUCACCACAAAAGGAGGACGCCUUGUACUGGUUUCUCCCACGAAGGAAGACGUUCGGGACUCCGAUGGGCACAAGCGACGAAGAAUUCGUUAUUCUACGCGGUACAAAUGGAGAGAGACGACGCCAAUAUGCUCUGUUGUCGGGGACGACCAAGGUAUUGUUUACUGCGCUGGUAAGAUGCUUCAUUGGGAAGUCCUCGACACAUCGGAAAAGAAGCUGGUCAGGAAGAAGAGCUAUGAACUCAAUUCACCUGCUCUCUCACUGCGGAUAGUGAACGGCAAAAUCUGUGCGCUUACCUUGAGCGACUCUAUGGUGGUUAUAGACCAUAAAUCCGAUCAUCAGGACGAUGAGAUGGAGCUUAUUCAUACGGAUCAAGCUACACGAAAAUCAAACGAUCUGUUCGAUGUGGGCGAUUGCACAGACGGGCCACUGGCAUGGCCCGUGACUCUACUCUGCGGUAUGAACCGUGAUUUCGCAGCAGUUUGGGUUCCCUGGCGGCAAAGGCAUAAAGAGUUGGAACUCGUUGCUGAAGGGUCACUUCCCGUCAGUGUCAGAAAACUUGGGCGUGGACACGUGCGGCCUGCAUGGUUAGCGACAGAGCAUGUCCCACGAUAUGGAAGAAUAUCCAGCACAGUGGAUGGAGCUGAGGUUCUGGGCAUGUGUCUCGAUGGGACGGUGCUGCAUUUUAGCCUGCUCAAUGUGCAAGUAUGGCGAUUUCUACGGCUUGUUCAGAACCUUGCUUCGAGGAGUCACCUGCUAUUUCCCUAUAGUUACGAGGUAUCACUCUUGGACGAUGAGGAGUACGAUGCAGAGGCCAAGGAGACACCCAAGUCGAUGAAGCACAUAGAUGGAGACCUGCUGCAGCGAUGCGUUGAAAUGCGAGCAUUGGAGAGGCUCAUUUCGGAAGAUAGCGACGUUGACCUCCUGCGCGAGUACUUAGACUACUUGGAUGAUGGAAGGUGGACGGCAUCUUUCCAAGACGCCAACGACGUUUCGAGGUACUUCGACUUGGCGUACGAUAUCCUAGACUAUUACCUAGCCCCUGUUCUCUAA